CCGGCCCGGCCGGGUUGCUCCUGCCCCGCCGCCGCGCCGGAGCUCGGGCGCUCGGAGCUGGGGGCGCGGCCGCCCUCGCUUCGCCGGGCCGGUUGCCGGCAGGCCCUGCCCUGAAGGGGAGAAGCGGCUGGGAGCGCGGGAGGUGGAGCCUGCCCCAGCGGCCGCUCCCCGGACCCAGCCCGAGGGGGACCCUGGCCCCUGCCUCUGCGGGGCGCCCCCGGCUCGGAAGAGUCCCCCGGGCAGGGAGCAGCUCCAGGCAGCAUCUCCAAAGGAAAAGAAAGAAGGGACAGUGAUCAGCUUGGGCGACCUGGACCCUCCCCGCGGUGUUUGGAACCAGGGACUGUCACGAAGUCUGCCCUUGGCACCGUCGCUCCGACUAGGGCAUCCCCUGCCGGGACCUGGACCCGGACCCCCUGCGCUUUGUAGACGGCGGCGCCGCCGCGCCACUCUUCUCUUCCGCGGUCUCUCUCUGCCUGGAGGCAGUCACGGCCAAGGACCUACAUUAAGAGACACAUUCAGAUGCACCAGCCAUUGGUAGAGCACCUGUCGUGUGCCAGAAAGUAUUAUGAGGGAGGCCGAGGACUUCAUGCUCCGGACAGAGAAACGGCGCUGGCAUUAGGGAUUGCCACCUCCGAGAGGAUGCUGGGAAUCUGCAGAGGGAGACGCAAAUUCCUGGCUGCCUCCUUGAGUCUUCUCUGCAUCCCAGCCAUCACCUGGAUUUACUUGUUUGCUGGGAGCUUCGAAGAUGGGAAGCCGGUGUCUCUGUCUCCGCUGGAGUCCCAGGCGCACAGCCCCAGGUACACUGCCUCCAGCCAGCGGGAGCGCGAGAGCCUGGAGGUGCGCAUGCGCGAGGUGGAGGAGGAGAAUCGCGCCCUCCGCAGGCAGCUCAGCCUGGCCCAGGGCCGGGCCCCGGCGCACCGCCGUGGCAACCAUUCCAAGACCUACUCCAUGGAGGAGGGGACUGGAGACAGCGAGAACCUCCGGGCUGGCAUCGUGGCAGGCAACAGCUCCGAGUGUGGGCAGCAGCCAGUCGUGGAGAAGUGCGAGACAAUCCACGUGGCCAUCGUCUGUGCCGGGUAUAACGCCAGCCGGGACGUUGUCACCCUGGUCAAGUCCGUCCUGUUUCACAGGCGGAACCCUCUGCACUUCCACCUCAUCGCCGACUCCAUCGCGGAGCAAAUCCUGGCCACGCUCUUCCAGACCUGGAUGGUGCCCGCCGUGCGUGUGGACUUCUACAACGCGGACGAGCUCAAGUCUGAAGUUUCCUGGAUCCCCAACAAACAUUACUCGGGGAUUUAUGGGCUAAUGAAGCUUGUCCUGACCAAGACUCUUCCCGCCAACCUAGAGAGGGUUAUCGUCCUUGAUACGGAUAUCACCUUCGCAACCGACAUUGCCGAGCUAUGGGCUGUGUUCCACAAGUUCAAAGGUCAGCAGGUUCUGGGCUUGGUAGAGAAUCAGAGUGACUGGUACCUUGGAAACCUGUGGAAAAAUCACCGCCCGUGGCCGGCCCUUGGAAGGGGCUACAACACAGGGGUGAUCCUGCUGCUCCUGGAUAAGCUGCGGAAGAUGAAAUGGGAGCAGAUGUGGAGGCUGACGGCGGAGAGAGAGCUCAUGGGCAUGCUGUCUACAUCCUUAGCUGACCAGGAUAUUUUCAACGCUGUCAUCAAACAAAACCCCUUCCUUGUCUACCAGCUGCCCUGCUUCUGGAAUGUGCAGCUCUCAGACCAUACCCGCUCCGAGCAGUGCUACAGGGAUGUGUCUGAUCUGAAGGUCAUUCACUGGAACUCCCCCAAGAAGCUUCGGGUAAAGAAUAAGCACGUGGAGUUUUUCCGCAACCUGUACUUGACCUUCCUUGAAUAUGACGGGAACCUCCUGAGGCGGGAACUGUUUGGCUGCCCCAGCGAAGCCGACGUCAACAGUGAAAACCUCCAGAAGCAGCUAUCCGAGCUGGACGAGGACGAUCUGUGCUAUGAAUUCCGACGAGAGCGCUUCACCGUGCACCGCACCCACCUGUACUUCCUGCACUACGAGUACGAGCCCGUGGCAGACAACACAGAUGUCACCCUGGUGGCCCAGCUCUCCAUGGACAGGCUCCAGAUGCUGGAGGCCAUCUGCAAGCACUGGGAGGGGCCCAUCAGCCUGGCCCUCUACCUGUCGGACGCCGAGGCCCAGCAGUUCCUCCGCUACGCGCAGGGCUCCGAGGUGCUCAUGAGCCGCCACAACGUGGGCUACCACAUCGUGUACAAGGAGGGCCAGUUCUACCCCGUGAACCUGCUGCGUAACGUGGCCAUGACCCACAUCAGCACGCCCUACAUGUUCCUGUCCGACAUCGACUUCCUGCCCAUGUACGGGCUGUACGAGUACCUCAGGAAGUCCGUCAUCCAGCUGGACCUCGCCAACACCAAGAAAGCGCUGAUUGUCCCCGCGUUUGAGACCCUGCGCUAUCGGCUGUCUUUCCCCAAGUCGAAAGCAGAGCUGCUGUCGAUGCUGGACAUGGGCACCCUCUUCACAUUCAGGUACCACGUCUGGACGAAGGGUCAUGCACCCACAAACUUCGCCAAGUGGCGGACUGCCACCACGCCUUACCGAGUCGAGUGGGAGGCUGAUUUCGAGCCAUACGUUGUUGUGAGACGUGACUGCCCUGAGUACGACCGGAGGUUUGUAGGCUUUGGCUGGAACAAGGUGGCUCACAUCAUGGAACUGGAUGCACAGGAAUACGAGUUCACCGUGCUGCCCAAUGCCUACAUGAUCCACAUGCCUCAUGCCCCCAGCUUCGACAUCACUAAGUUCCGUUCCAACAAGCAAUACCGCAUCUGUCUCAAAACCCUGAAGGAAGAGUUUCAGCAGGACAUGUCCCGCCGCUACGGCUUUGCUGCCCUGAAAUAUCUCACGGCUGAGAAGAACAGCUAGCACCAAGAAGCCGCCACUAGGGAGAGACACGCUGCCAGGAAGAGCCACUCGCUGUUGGGGGCCUCGCCUUCAAAUUCCAAGUCAAGCAAUGCUUUUCGGUUUGUUUUGAGUUGUCUCUUUGGCCCACCAAAGCUGCCCUCACUGCAGAGAUCUUGGACAAGGACCCAGCCAGCCUCUCUCCGCCCCUACCCGGCAUUUCCAAAGGGUGGAAAGAGAGCCAAGAAAGGGGGCGUGGUGGGGUGAGAGGAAGUACAGGGGUUAUCCUUGUUACCGCAAAGCCACAAAACCAAGGCAGGGCUUUGGGGUGUUCCUGUUGCUUUUUAAUAACUAUGCUCAUCAUGGCUGGGGAGGAAGGGAUGUCAGGGUGCUGGAGCUUAGUCAUCCCAGGAAAUAAAAGCAAAACCAUCUAUUCCUUUAAAGGAUACUUUCUCUUUCCCCCUGCAAUUAAGCUUCGUACCCAAAGGGGCAGGGCGAAUCAAUGAUCUGAACCCACCAUUUGGAAAACCCGAUGGGGACACUGUCUCUGGGGGGUCCUGGAGGUCGGGUCAAUUGGUUCCUUAUCCCCAAAGUCCCUCUUAUUUCAUUCUGAUUUGUUUUCACUUUGGGAGAUUUGGUUGUUUGUUUUUGGUCUGGCUAUCCAAAAUAGAAAAUCGGAUCUCUCGAGGCUCUAAGGAAAAUCAGCUGCCUCAAACGCCCUUUCUCAGCAGUGGCCCAGCCAGGAGGGCGAGAGUGUUGGCCAGUCCUUAAACAUGGGCAGCUUCCUUCAGGAUCGUCACCGGGGCUCCCACGAUUGAAUUCCCUGCUCUCCAGAAUCCAGGGGCUGUGGUGAGGACUGUGGGGUGAUGAGGGCCGGCUGUUCUACCCCACCCAGUCAUGUUUUCUACCGGCAGCGACUGAUCCCCAGGAAAGGGCUUUGAAGGAACUGUUUCAGCGCACACAAAAGGUACGACCCUCUCAGGCCUUUAGGAGAACUUGAAUAAUUCAUGCGAGCCCAACUCUGAAAAUUCACACGUCCAUUGGAAGACCUCUGCGUUCUUGCCUGCUUCACUGUGGAAGGGAAGAAGUGACAACCUCAGUCUCCCUUUGGGACCUAUCCCAGGGUAGGCAAGCACCUUUACCUUUACACAGAUCGAGGAGACACUGGACUUUUUACCCAUUUUCUUUUAUCUUCAAUAUUAAUGUUGUGUUUACAUUGAUGAGAACCAGAGUUCACGCCCAACCCUCUGCUGGGCUGUUUGUAUUGAGCUGCAAUGUGACCAACGAAAGCUGCAUUCAAUAAAUGAGAGUACAGACUGUU